AUGCGUCUCUUCGUUCUCAUCUCUUUCCUUGCCGUCGUCGUUACUUCACUUCGAGAAGAGCCGGGAGUCACUGGAAAAGAUGCUUCCGCAACAACUUCAAAAACGACGACAAAUUUGUAUCCUAUUGACGAGGAGCCAACAAAGACGACCAUUUGGACGACAACAAACAGUCUAGAAGUGUCCACAACAACUCCAUUAGUAAAUGAGAAGUGCGAAAUCAUCACAUUGCCGAUAGAAUGCUACUAUUACUCCGAAAGGCUAAUGACACAUCGUGAAAAGAUACGGGAAAACGUUUGCGAUUGUGCGAUUGGUGGUCGAGAGAACGAAAGCACCAAGUACUGUGAAUGGAACAAAAUUUAUCAAACGAAUGGAACACAUUUCGAUCAGUGCACGAUUGUAACGAAAGUUUGCCCGGGAUGCCCGCCAACGAAUGAUACGUGCAAGGACGCGUUUAGCAAUGAGUUUACAAAAUGUUUCAUGCCAGCAAGCCAAUACCCACACACAUUUCCCCCGCAUCAAGCCUCGGUGCUCCCGUCUUUGGAGUUGGACCUCAAGAAGUGUGAUUAUAGGAAUAAUUCGGGAAUGUUCUCUGGAAUGACGUCGGUUAGAGAUGAGGAGUUCUACCAGUAUCUGCUGACUUGCGAACUUCCAGCGUGUGGACCUCGUCUUCGCUUACCGGCAGCAGAUAAUGGGACUCAUCCGAGCUUCCAAUGGUGUCUUCCUCCUAUCAUGAAUAGCGUCUCACAGUUGGAAUAUUGUCCACUCUAUGCGCAAAAAAUCCCGACUUUUGGUGGUUUCAGCGACACUCAAGCUUUUCAUGCGCUCGAAUAUGAUACGAUGUGUGUCUUGCCGCCACUAUGUGGGAAUGAUGGAAAAGUUGAUCGAAAGAAAUUCAUGGCUCCAUUAGUGAAUGGCAAAUGGGAUGAGACUUAUUGUGAGCGAGUGUGCAAUGAAAAUGAGAUAGAAAAAGAUUGCAUCCCGGUGCCGCCAUGUGAAGGAAAUCAAACAAUCACUCCUGAUCCACGUGCAAAUCGAUUUACAAAGGUUGAUCGAUGCGCACGUUGGUGCACUGAAGAAGAAUCUGUCAAGCUGUCAACCGAUUCGCCAGACCUCUCGCCUGAACCCCUUGGCACACUUCUCGCUGCG